AUGGACCUCGACGACUUUCGGGUUCCGGAUACGCCUCAAUUGGACAGGGAUAUGGAGCUGCUAAUCCCCCCCAAAAAUGCACUGGCAUCCACCAGUGUUGUCGGCCUCGGCCGGGACACUCGAAUUUCGUCUUCAAAGCGACCAAAUGCACUCAUGAAAACCUUCGAGCUCGAUGCUGAAACCACAAGUACGCGGCCUGUUGGAAAUGGUUCGUCAUACACUCUUCUAUGUUUCUAUAUUUGUGUCUUGGGCUAUAUUGAUUGGGUAUGCUAUCGUGCAGUGUCACCGGCGCCACGAAGAAUGCCUCCAUCUGCCUCGAAACCCAGAGAUCGAGACAAGGCCCUGCCCCGGACCAGCUACUUCUCUUCGCUCACGCAAAAGUUUCAGCAACGAGACCACAAGGGCCAACCAAAGACCCUUUCUUCAAUCCAAAUUCGAACACCAGACACCCAGAACGCCGUCCGUCUCUCUGGCGACAUCGUUUCGUACCCUGGCUUGGCCGCUGACAAUGACCGCCCGGGUAGCCAGUCUCACUCGCAGCCCGGAGACGUGGAUGCCGGUUGUCGCGGCAUCCAAGACGCCAUUGCCACCAGAUUCCAGGAUCUCCAGACAAAGAUCCAACUGCAAGAGCAAGAACUCACCGAACUCAGGUUCUCCCUCAACGAUGCUAACGUGACAGCAGAUCUGCUUGAUACAGACAAACGGCAGCUCAAGCAAAAGAAUGAAGAGCUCGAACGAAAGAUCGUGAAUACCAACAACGUCAUUAACAAACUGCGCAAUGAUGUUCAAAAAGGAAAAGAUGAACUGCAGGCUUCGGAAGACAGACAUGGCCACUCAAGGCAAGACGCCGAGAAGGCCCAAGAGAAGGCUGCUCAGGAUCACAACGCACUGUUGGCCGCCCGCAAGACCAUAAGUGAGAUGGGGACACAAAUCACUACGUUGCAAAGAGAGCUGCGUGAUGCUGCUGCGAUGUCCGCUGAAAAAGCCAAACAAGCUCAAGAAAAAGCCGAUGCAAAACUACAAGACGUACAGCUACAGCUAAAGCUCCGUGAAACGGACAUCCAAGCCCAGAAAGACGCAAACGAGCAGCUGGCCAACAGGCUGGACACCAUCCCGGAGCGAAACCUCCAGGCUUUGACCAGCUGUUCCCAAAAAAUCAUUGACAAGCUAAGCGACUCAAAGUCGGAGAUUUUGGCAGAGGGACAUGCCAUCAACAAACAGCAUCAAGAGCAACGUGGUGCCAUGGUCGAAUGUCUAAAGGGGCUGUUGACGGCCUCUCAACAACAUGUCGAGACACUCGCUACGUCACAACAGGAGACCGAGACCCUUUCUAAGCAGAUUCUGGACAAAAUUGAUGCUUCUGAUGGUGAAAGAAAAGAGGCAGAGUCCUCUUUACACUUGGAUAUUACCAGUGUUUUUAGUGAUUUGCAAAAAUGCAUCGACAAGCACAAGGCUUUGUUUCAUGAAGCAUUCACCGCCAAAAUUCGCGAAAGCGACAUUCUAGCAGAUCUUUGCCAACAACGAGACGUUGACAGCGAAACGCUAUCAAAACAACUGGCGGAGCAAAGCCGUAUCUCACAAGAGCAACUCCUUGAAAUUCGCGAACUGCACAACGCUCUCCGGACGCUCCAGGAACGCACUCGUGAGGAUCCCAAAAUGGCCGCACAAAUCAUAGCGCUGCAAGAGCAAAGUCGUCAUUUCGAAUUCGAAUUGAGAGAGAAAGAGACACUGGUCGCUCGGCUGGAGGAAAGCCACAAAGAAAAAACAAAGUUACUCAUAUCUUCAUCGGAAAAGUUUGCAUUCGAACUCCAGCAGCUGACCAGCACCUUUCACAAUCGGGAAGAAGAGUAUCGGCGUGCUGUGGACCAAGCCUCGGAGCUUGCAAUCAAGGAAGCCCAGCGGGCAUCGAGCGAAGACAAACAAGAAACAAAGAGAGAGCUCCAGCAAGAGCGAGCCAGACGUCAAUCCCUAGAAAAGGAACUACGGCAAGCCAAAGAAGACCUCUCUGUACAAGAAGAGAAAAGCAAACGGAUCGAACAGUCCAACGAAGCAUUGCAGAACGAGCUGGGUGCGUCAAAACUGGGCAACCAAGCCGUCAUUGUGCACCUAGAAGAGAAAACACGAGCUCUCGAGACCCGCAUGGACCAUGAUGCUACCCUCAUCACACAGCUCAAGGCUGCCCUCUCAGACAAGGAGAUGGACUACUCCAACCUACGAAGCAGCAUGGAGGCAUACGACGAAAAGGUUCGCGUGCUCAUCGAGCACUUGCGCGUCUGGGCGCAGGACCACUCGCACAUUAGUGCCAUCCGCUCGCGCCUCGAGAUGCUUAGCCAAAUCGACCAGUCCUGUGCCGCGACCGCGCGCAUCCGAGAGGCAGAGCAGAUCGAUAACGUCCUCGCCCAACUACGGCAAUACUAUGCGUGCCAGAAUGAGCGAGACGCAAAACUGGGCUUUGGAUCCGGACGUAGCACAGCCGCACCAGCAGCACCAGCCGUAUUAACACCCCUGCAUCAUGACUUUGACGAUGAGCACGAACAGCGCGUGUCCGAUCUGUCGGCAUUCCUAGACGCCGAAGUGGCAGGGGAUAAGACGGCAGGUCUCGCUAGGAGCUCUGCCGAGACGUGGACGAAUGCGAUUCAGGCGGCGAUCCUGGGCGGCAGCAGGGACUCGUUGAAGACGCCUGGUUAUGGGCAAGGGCCUCAAGACCAAGGCUCGGACAUGAAGCCGCCACCGGUGCACAAGGAACGCGUUGUCCAUGUAACAGUCGAUCCAAAGGGUGGCAUGGGAACCUUGAGUUCGCCGAUGGUUGCGAGCCCCGUACCGACGCGGACCCGACGAGAGACACGGUCGUCUGCGGAAAACAAAACUGCACAGCGCAAUACAGUCAGCCCGACCGGAAAGAGGGCGACUCGAAGCGCCAAGAGAAAGCGGCUGGACACCAUAACAGGCCAUGAGAUGGUGGCAGCAUCAGUGACGGGACGCACCGAAACUUUGGUGUAUUUCCAGGGCGGUGGACAGUCAAAGGUACUGCCCUCCAUGAUCCAGGACGAGAACAAGCCUGCUGCGGCCAUGAUGCUCAGUUCUCGACCGGUGCUUAUCAAGAUUGAAGACUCGUGA